AUGGAACAGCUGUGUCACUUCAAUGUUUACAAGUCGGCCAUGUUUGUCUCUAGAGACGUCAGGAUGGAACGACUGUUAGAGGAACGACUGUUAGAGGAACGACUGUUAGAGGAACGUCUGUUAGAGGAACGACUGUUAGAGGAACGUCUGUUAGAGGAACGACCGUUAGAGGAACGUCCGUUAGAGGAACGUCCGUUAGCGGAACGUCUGUUAGAGGAACAUCCGUUAGAGGAACGUCUGUUAGAGGAACGACCGUUAGAGGAACGUCCGUUAGAGGAACGUCCGUUAGAGGAACGUCCGUUAGCGGAACGUCCGUUAGAGGAACGUCUGUUAGAGGAACGACCGUUAGCGGAACGUCUGUUAGAGGAACGUCUGUUAGAGGAACGACCGUUAGCGGAACGUCUGUUAGAGGAACGUCUGUUAGAGGAACGUCUGUUAGAGGAACGACCGUUAGAGGAACGUCUGUUAGAGGAACGUCCGUUAGCGGAACGUCCGUUAGAGGAACGUCUGUUAGAGGAACGACCGUUAGAGGAACGUCUGUUAGAGGAACGUCCGUUAGCGGAACGUCCGUUAGAGGAACGUCUGUUAGAGGAACGUCUGUUAGAGGAACGACCGUUAGAGGAACGUCUGUUAGAGGAACGUCCGUUAGCGGAACGUCCGUUAGCGGAACGUCCGUUAGAGGAACGUCUGUUAGAGGAACGUCUGUUAGAGGAACGACCGUUAGAGGAACGUCUGUUAGAGGAACGUCCGUUAGCGGAACGACUGUUAGAGGAACGACUGUUAGAGGAACGUCUGUUAGAGGAACGACCGUUAGCGGAACGUCUGUUAGAGGAACGUCUGUUAGAGGAACGUCUGUUAGAGGAACGACCGUUAGAGGAACGUCUGUUAGAGGAACGACCGUUAGCGGAACGACCGUUAGCGGAACGACCGUUAGCGGAACGUCUGUUAGAGGAACGUCUGUUAGAGGAACGUCUGUUAGAGGAACGACCGUUAGCGGAACGUCUGUUAGAGGAACGACCGUUAGCGGAACGUCUGUUAGAGGAACGACCGUUAGAGGAACGACCGUUAGAGGAACGACCGUUAGAGGAACGACCGUUAGAGGAACGUCCGUUAGAGGAACGUCCGUUAGAGGAACGUCCGUUAGAGGAACGACCGUUAGCGGAACGACCGUUAGCGGAACGACCGUUAGCGGAACGACCGUUAGCGGAACGUCUGUUAGAGGAACGUCUGUUAGAGGAACGACCGUUAGCGGAACGUCUGUUAGAGGAACGUCUGUUAGAGGAACGUCCGUUAGAGGAACGACCGUUAGAGGAACGUCUGUUAGAGGAACGUCUGUUAGAGGAACGUCUGUUAGAGGAACGACCGUUAGCGGAACGUCUGUUAGAGGAACGUCUGUUAGAGGAACGACCGUUAGAGGAACGACCGUUAGAGGAACGACCGUUAGAGGAACGACCGUUAGAGGAACGUCUGUUAGAGGAACGUCUGUUAGAGGAACGACCGUUAGCGGAACGUCUGUUAGAGGAACGUCUGUUAGAGGAACGUCUGUUAGCGGAACGUCCGUUAGAGGAACGUCCGUUAGAGGAACGACCGUUAGCGGAACGUCUGUUAGAGGAACGUCUGUUAGAGGAACGACCGUUAGAGGAACGACCGUUAGAGGAACGUCCGUUAGAGGAACGUCCGUUAGAGGAACGUCCGUUAGAGGAACGUCUGUUAGAGGAACGACCGUUAGCGGAACGACCGUUAGCGGAACGACCGUUAGAGGAACGUCUGUUAGAGGAACGUCUGUUAGAGGAACGACUGUUAGAGGAACGUCUGUUAGAGGAACGUCUGUUAGAUGCAGAAGUUGGUGUUGAAUCGACCAAUCACCUGCCUCCUGUGUGA